AUGAAAGCUUGGUUAUGGAAUGAUCUUCUUGGAAUGGAAUCUAUAGUUGAUGAAGAGAAAAUGGUAUUAAUAUUAAAACUACUUAAAGACGAAUGGAAUAAAUCAUUAAAACAAUAUGGAGAAGUUUUAGAAAGUACUCCAGAGUUAUUGAGGAGAUGUUCUUCGACUCUUGUCUUAACAUCUAAUGAACCUGAAAAUAUAUCUCCUAUUAGUUCUUUCAAAAAAGUUUCUCCUGACCCAUUUGAAAAUGAAAAAGAAAUAUCAAUAAUAGAAAGACCUCAAUCAAAACAAUUAAUCCCUUUAGGAAAUAGUGAUGGUGAUAUUGAUUUAGUUGAAAUUUCACAAUCAAAAGAUUUUGGUGAUGGUUAUAUAGAAAAAUCAACAAAUUGUAUUGGAACAUUAAGUUCUAUUGAAGAAUUUGAGAAAGAAAUGAAAAAUGAAGUUCAAGAAAAUGAAAAUAAUGAAGAGUCAAAGGAAAUAAAUAUUCAAGACGAAUUUAAAAAAGAAGAAGUUAAAGAAAGUCCUAAAGGAUAUAAAAAAAAAGUAAGUAUUAUGACAGAAAGAAAAUCUCUUGACAGUAAAGAAGAAGUAGAAAUUAAAGUAAAUAGUUCACAAAAUAAAAUUCAAGUUCCUUCAUUAAAUAUUGAAAUGAUUGGAAGUAUAAGUAAUUCUUCAAAUAGGACAAGUAUGAAUGGUGUUCCUCCUGGAAUUUCAACUAUGGAAUGUAAAGGAGAUCAAUCAAGUAUUCUAACUAUGGAAAGUAAUGCAACAACAAAUUCACCAAUACGAAGAGAUCAAGUAGAAAUUAUUGGAUUAAAAGCAAGAAUUAGUGAAUUAGAACAAAUUAUUGAUGAAAUGAAUAAACAACAUUCUACUAUUAUUCCGUUUCAACCAAGUUCAGAAAAAUCAACACCAAGAACAUUAUCUCCAAGACAAAGAGGUGAAAAUAAAGCUAAACUUGAGUCAACAAAAAGUGGAUUUUUUGGGCUUUCAUUUAAAAAGAAAAAUAAAAGAAAGUUAAUGAGGUCUGAGUCAGAACGUAAUAUGUUAUCUCCUUCAGAAUUAAAAACUGAUGGUAAAAAAUUACUCACACCUCAAUUAGCACCACAACAUCAAAAUAAACGAGAAUCAUCAGAACAGGAAAUGAUAACAUUUCCUACUAUAACAAAUGAAGAAUAUCGACAAGAAGUUAUUCGUUUAAAUAAACAAAUUGUUCAGUUACAACGAAGAAUUAAACAAAAAGAUAUUGAACUUCAAGCGAUAGUUAAUGACCAAAAACACUUUUAUCCAUUAAUGACUCUAAGAGAAAUUGACUAUUUCCAUGAUGAUGUUUGUAAUGAUUUUAUUGAAAUUAUUUUGAAUUGUUUAGAAAACAAACCAUAUGAAGUACAACAAAAAUAUCUUUGUAGGUUAAAUGAUUGUGCCGAAGUUAAAUUUUUACCUCCUGAUAAAGUUAAAAUUGAUAAUAAGGCAAGAGUAUUACGUUAUAGUGAACCAAUUGUUCGUUCACAUUCUCCUCGUUCGUCACAAAGUCCUGCAUUAUUACCUCUUAUUAAGGAAGACCCAGUCCAACCUCAAGAAGAAUUAUAUAGAUGUUUAUGUGAUUCAUUUAUAACAAGACAAGAAGAAUAUUAUUAUCUUUUCCAAAUAGUAUCUUAUUUAUAUUUUGCACCAUUUAGACAAGAAGGAUUAUCAAUUGUAUCUAAGUUAGACCGUACAUUUCCAGAAAUGAUGAUGAUAGAACGUACGUUAUUAAGAAAUAUUAAUAAAGGAUUUAUUAAUGCAUUAAAUGAAUAUGUCUUAAAAUUAAAGUUAUAUAUUCCAUUUAUAUUAAUGAAAGAUAAAACUUUAUUAGUGCUUUCUUUGGAAAUAGAAAAAGUAGAAUUUAAACGUGGGUUAGUUGAAAGAACAUUUGAAUUUCAAAAGAAAUAUGGAAAUAAAGGAAAAAUCCCUCCUUUUGGAGUAUGUAUUAAUCGUAUUUGUCAAAGAAUAGGAGAAAUUAGUAGAUUUAUGGAAGACAUUUUAAGGCAAGUAAAAUCAAAUGAUAUCAAUUAUAUGAAAAUUGCACAAACAGCUACAAUAGCAUUUGAAACAGAAAACUCUUUAAAAGAUUCUAUUGUUGAACAUCUAGAAUUACAUGAUGUUAAAACAGUAGAAAGUAAAUUUUUAACUAUUGCACAUAGAAUUCAUGAUGGUAAACGAAGAAUUAGAUAUUUUGGUGGAUUAAAAUUUGUUACUCCAGGAGAAAUUAGUAAAGAAUGGAAAAUGUGUAUUCUUUUUACUGAUAUUCUUAUCAUUGCACGUCCAUUUGCAUUUGGGAAAAAAACUGCUAAAGAAAGAGAGGUGGUGUUAAGGUUUGAAAAUUCACCAAGAGGAAGAGAUGUAUCUGAAUUAUCUGGAUAUAGGUUUAAUGAAGAAAUGAGAAUUCCUCUUCAUUCACCAAUAAAAGUUAUGAAUGUAAUUGACACACCUUCCAUUCACAAUGCCUUUAUGGUAGAAACAGAUGGAAUUAUUAAACAUUUUGCAUGUGUAUCUAUAAGAGAACGUGAUUCAUGGGUAGAAGCGUUAUUAGAUUUAAAUGAAGAACCUAAUAAUUAUUAA